CUGGAAAUAUAAGAAGAGAAUUUUGACAUAUACCCCCCCCUUCUCUUUCUCCUCCUCCUCUUCUUUUGGCUUCAGUGUUGCAAAAGCAAAGAGCAAUAAAAAAAAAAAACGCGCACACAGACAUACACCGAGAGACACACUCACACACACACACACCACCCCAGUCGCGAGAAGGGAGAGUUGAAAAGAAGCAAGAGGGAGAGAAGCCAGGGAGAGAAGAGAAGGGAAGAGAAGGGAAGGGAGGGAGGGGUAGUGUGAGGGGGAAAAGAGAAGCAGGUUCCCUAAUAAAUCCACCUCCGUCUCUCUCCCCCCUCACCCCCCUCCCCUCUUCUCCAGCCCAGGGUAGGGAAGAGAGGAGCCGGAGAGAGCAGAUGGAGGAGUGGAGUCCGCUGUAGGGCUGUGGAGCUUGGCUGGAGGAUGGAGGAGCCGCCAAGCGCCCGGCUGAUUGGAAGAAAAAAGCAGAGCGAUGGAGGCGGGGGUAGGAGGACGAUUUCUCUGCGGGGACUGGCGGCGGAGUCCACGCCCGGGUCGGGCGCUGCAGAGCUUGGCUAGCUUUCAACCAGCGCUCCCCGGCACCAGCCCCACUCGCCCCCCACCCCCGGCCCUCCCGGCGGCUCCGCAGGGUGAAACGCCUUUCACUCCCGGGCUGGCUCAACAGGACAGAAGUGGAAGCUGGACAGCUGGACAAUGAACGGAGAAGCUGACUGCCCCACCGACCUGGAGAUGGCCGUACCCAAAGGCCAAGACCGCUGGUCCCAGGAAGAUAUGCUGACCUUGUUGGAAUGCAUGAAGAACAACCUGCCUUCUAAUGACAGUUCCAAGUUCAAAACCACAGAAUCACACAUGGACUGGGAGAAAGUUGCCUUUAAGGACUUCUCUGGGGAUAUGUGCAAACUCAAAUGGGUUGAGAUCUCCAAUGAGGUAAGGAAGUUUCGAACAUUGACAGAACUGAUUCUGGAUGCCCAGGAGCAUGUCAAGAAUCCUUACAAAGGCAAAAAACUCAAGAAACAUCCAGACUUCCCCAAGAAGCCUCUGACCCCUUAUUUCCGAUUUUUUAUGGAGAAACGGGCUAAGUAUGCAAAACUGCACCCAGAAAUGAGCAACCUGGAUCUGACGAAGAUCUUGUCUAAGAAAUAUAAGGAGCUUCCUGAGAAGAAGAAGAUGAAGUACAUUCAAGACUUCCAGAGAGAGAAGCAAGAGUUUGAACGAAACCUGGCUCGAUUCAGGGAGGAUCACCCUGAUCUAAUCCAGAAUGCCAAGAAGUCGGAUGUGCCUGAGAAACCCAAAACCCCCCAGCAGCUGUGGUACACCCAUGAAAAGAAGGUGUAUCUGAAAGUUCGCCCUGAUGAGAUCAUGAGGGACUACAUCCAGAAGCACCCAGAGCUCAACAUCAGCGAGGAAGGCAUCACCAAGUCCACCCUCACAAAGGCAGAGCGCCAGCUCAAGGACAAAUUUGAUGGGCGGCCCACCAAGCCCCCUCCAAAUAGCUAUUCACUCUACUGUGCGGAGCUGAUGGCCAACAUGAAGGACGUACCCAGCACAGAGAGAAUGGUGCUCUGUAGCCAGCAGUGGAAGCUCCUUUCCCAGAAGGAGAAAGAUGCCUACCACAAGAAGUGUGACCAGAAAAAGAAAGAUUAUGAGAUUGAACUCCUGCGCUUUCUGGAGAGCCUGCCUGAGGAAGAACAGCAGCGUGUCUUGGGAGAAGAAAAGAUGUUAGGCAUCAACAGGAAGCGAGCUACCAGCCCUGCCUCCAAGAAGCCUUCUCCAGAUGGUAGCAAGGGCGGCUCUGAGAAACCCAAGCGGCCUGUCUCCGCCAUGUUCAUCUUCUCGGAGGAAAAGCGACGCCAGCUGCAGGAGGAGCGGCCUGAGCUGUCAGAGAGCGAGCUGACCCGGCUCCUGGCACGCAUGUGGAAUGACCUGUCCGAGAAGAAAAAGGCCAAGUAUAAGGCAAGAGAGGCGGCCCUGAAGGCGCAGUCAGAGAGGAAGCCUGGGACAGAGCGGGAGGAGAGGGGAAAGCUGCCCGAGUCGCCCAAGACUGCAGAGGAGAUUUGGCAGCAGAGCGUCAUCGGCGACUACCUGGCACGUUUCAAGAAUGACCGGGUGAAAGCCCUGAAGGCUAUGGAGGUAACCUGGAACAAUAUGGAAAAGAAGGAGAAACUCAUGUGGAUUAAGAAGGCAGCUGAAGACCAGAAGAGAUAUGAGAGAGAGCUGAGUGAGAUGCGGGCUCCCCCAGCAACUGCCAAUUCCUCCAAGAAGAUGAAGUUCCAGGGGGAGCCCAAAAAGCCUCCCAUGAACGGUUACCAGAAGUUCUCCCAGGAGCUACUGUCUAAUGGGGAGCUGAACCACCUGCCUCUGAAAGAGAGGAUGGUGGAGAUUGGCAGCCGGUGGCAGCGAAUUUCCCAGGGCCAAAAGGAGCAUUAUAAGAAGCUAGCAGAAGAGCAACAAAAGCAAUACAAGGUGCACUUGGACCUUUGGGUCAAGAGUCUGUCUCCCCAGGACCGUGCUGCUUACAAAGAAUACAUCUCCAAUAAACGCAAGAGCAUGACCAAGCUUCGGGGCCCGAACCCUAAAUCUAAGCCCACCAUGCAGUCCAAGUCGGAAUCGGAGGAAGAUGAUGACGACGAGGAAGAAGAGGAAGAAGAUGAAGAGGAUGAUGACGACGAUGAAAAUGGAGACUCCUCAGAUGAGGGGGGUGAUUCUUCUGAAUCCAGCAGUGAGGAUGAGAGCGAAGAUGGGGAUGAGAAUGACGACGACGAAGAGGAUGAUGAUGAGGACGAAGACGAGGACGAAGACGAGGACAAUGAGUCAGAGGGGAGCAGCUCCAGCUCAUCCUCCUCGGGAGACUCUUCUGACUCCGAUUCCAACUGAGCCCUGGGGUGGGGGGGGAGGCCAGGCCUGCCUCUGUACCCCCAGGGGUCUGGGAAAACCUUUGGGGGCCUGGGGAGGGGUUGAAGGGCGAGUCCCCUCUGUGACUCCUAUUUUUUUCCCCCUCUAGUUCUGCUCCUGCCCACCCUCAUUUUUUUUUUUUAAAGCAAAAUGCAUGGGGGGUGUGAGGGUGGGGGGAGCCCAGGCUAGGACUCUGCAACCUUAGAGAAAUAUUAGCCCUGGGGGAGCCUCCAGGGGAAUGACCAUCAGACUGAGCCAGUGUCUGCCCUUCCUCCUCUGCCCUGCCCUCUGGAUCUCCUCACAGCCCCCACCCCCUAGUUGCCCACCCUGGACCGUGGAUCUCACUGCACUUACAGCUCCUAGCAUGGACAUUGGAAUGGGGCUGGGGGGAAGGAGGGGUGCAAAGGGGUUGGAAUGGGUUUUCAGGGGUGGGGAGGCCUUGAAGGUUGGAAUGGGGCUCUUCUCACUCCCUGCUUUCCCCAUUCAGGGGAGGGAGUUCAGAAGCUGUGCCCCCUGCUCACCCCCCCCACACCUCCCCUGUGUGACUGGUUGCCUUGACCACUGCGUUGGAACUGGGGGUAUGGGGACAUUUGCAGGGGGUCCUUUAAGAAGAUGGGGGGUGGUCCUGAGUCCUCCUGCCCUGGCUUACCCCUUGCAGGAAGGCGCUCUCCCUGCCCCGCAGGGCAGCAGUCUUUUUUAUAUAUGUGUAUAUAAUUUUUUUUAAGCUCUGAGCUGUCAACGAGAUGUUUCCUACCGAUCUCCGCUACUGUCUCUGUCUGUUCUGUCGUUUGGGGGUUAGGGAGGACUGGGGGAGGGGGUCAUUUUUUAAAAAACUGUCGAGUGUGGACGCGUGACUAUGGCUUGUAUAUAAGCGUGUCUGAGUAUUCCAGUGCCUGCGUGCGUGCGUGCGUGCGUGUGUGUGUGUGUGUGUGUGUGUGUGUGUGUGUGUGAGUGUGAGAGCGAGAGUGAGUGUGAGAGAGAGACAGAGAAAUGAGGCCUGACUCCUUGAGCCUUUUCAUUAAGACAGAAAGAAGGGAAUUGGGAAGCAGACUGGAGGCUGCCCUGCCUUGUCUACCCUGCUCUGCCCCCAGGGGAGAGAGGCAGGCCCCCAAGUUCAAAUUCCAAAUUCUUGCUUGAGAGACACUUUGUUGGGGGGGCAGGGGCAGGCGGGACAGGAAACCUGUAUGGAGUGACUGCUCCCUUGUUCCCUCAGGUUUGUGUGCAUGUGCGAGUGUGAGUGUGUGUGUGUGUGUGUGUGUAAGUAUGUGGGGGGGUCUUUUUUUGGGGGGUGGUAAUGAUUCUCUGACCUAGAUGGCAUGAGGUUGGGGGUUAUCUUAGGCCCUAGGGAGUUUUGUUUCUGGGGAGGGGCUGCAGACUUGAUUCUGGUCAGCUAGGCUGAGGAGCAGAGGCUCCAGGACUGGGUUGAGAACUUUAAAAUAUUUGUAUAUUUCAGACUUCACUGCUCCCAACUACCUUUUGAUUCCUCAGGCUGGGCCCCUACAUCCACCCAGGUAGCCUGGUUUUUAUUGUGAUGUUUCAUUUUGCUAAGGGUUGCUGGAUGCAGCCAACCCUCUCCCCCCCAACUCCCCAAUUCCUUAGCCUACCUGACACCCCCAAGCCACUUUGGAUUUAUUUCUGUGAAUAUCAUUUUUUAGAUGUUUGACUAAAUUUGGAUUUAAAAAAAACAACAAUCAUGUCAGUGACUUAUUUAGGUUUUCCAUUUAAUUUUUUCUUCCAUGAUGGGAAAACUAAGGGACAGAGGGAAACUGGAAAUGGAUGUUGGGUGGGAAGAGGAGAAACUUUGACAGGCCCAGUCUUGAGUGAUUGGUAGACUCUCCCAAAGGUAGCCAGACAAUCUAUGCCCUGACCUCAGGAAAACACAGAUGCUAUGGGGUGAUGGGGGGAGGGAGGGGGUUUCCCCCAUCCCUUUGUCCUGUCCCCCGGAGAUGGUGGAGGGCUUCAUCUGUUUGCCACUGGACGUGUUUGCCUGUCACUCUCCAUACCUUAACACCUAGCAGGAAAUCAAUCCCACUUCCUGCCCUUAGAUGACUGGCUCUACCACUGUUGUGUUUCAAGUGGACUAUGUUUUAGUAUAAAAGACAAAAGCAAAAAAAAAAAAACCAAACCUGGGACUUUUUCCCCCCUGUAUUGAAAAAUUCUUACAGUGCAGACAAGAUUGAAGAUGGGGGGGUGGGGGGGUGUUGGUACUGUAAGAGGUCACACUAAGUGCAUUUUGGCACUGGGACAAGUUGGUAGGGUGGGGUUUUGUUUUUGUUUUGUUCUUUUUAAGGGGGGAGCCUAAGGGAGGGUUAUGGAGGCCCCCCCUAUUUUUUUUCUAAUAUUUAAAGAGUGUUUUGUAGGUUUCAACAACUAUGGCCACAACUUGGAUUUCUAUCACUGGGAAAGGGGGGGUGGGAUGGCUGGAGAUGUCUGGCUGCGGCCAACUUUGGAAGUUUUGUUCCCCCCUCCCCCCCUUUUUUUGUAUAAUAAAGUGGAAAAAGGUUUG